UACGUUAAAUGGCUGAGUCUCCUUCAGUGUUUUUACCUUAUAAUGUAGAACAACUAACCAACGUUACCUUAACUUAAAGAAGACAGCGGAGGACACACGGCGCCGUGUGGCGGUUACCCUUUCUAGCCGACAUCUCUCCGACAGUCUCACUGUUAUGGGACUUUUGCCAAUUAAAUUUUGCUCUUGGAUUAUGAAAGGUCAGUUCUUUGUCUGUCGGUCUCUAGUUGGAGGACCAAAGGGAAACUAUGACAACUAGCAAGCCUUAAAUGUGGGUCCGUUCUCACUUUAAUGACUGGUUGUCACCAUGCCGAGCCAAACGACGUCCCCGCCGCUGACGGUGACUGUCGUGGCCGCGCUGUGGGUCAGUUUGGGUCGGUGCGGGGUCUCCGAGUGGUGUGACAAUGGAAAGCUCUCAUUGGACAGGGACCUGCCUGUGGAUGCAGUUUAUUGGGACUGUUCAGUGUCUACCUGGCCAGAGUCUACGAAGAGACAUCCCAGUAUUGACACAGUGUAUGAUGCUGAGCCAGCCAGGCAGAUCUGUAUGGAUAAAUCCAUCUCCUACAAUCACACCAUUCCUAACAGUGGUGUGUACAGACCAAUAAGGGCAGAGAGUGGAGAGUACUUGUACUGCCCUCCUCAACGAUGGCUCAAUAACUUGCAUCAUGGAGCUACUGUUUUUCUCUACCACCCCUGUGCUCCUCUCCACGAGCGUCUCCUUCUGUCUAUCCUGGCCCGCUCCUGUUUGUCAGAAUACAUAAUUACCCCACAUCCACAGCUCAAUGAGAACAUGCCAAUAGCUGUGGUGUCCUGGGGUCACACUUUGGAGCUGUCCACUGUGGCCUCUUCAGACAUCUGUGAUGGGCUGGAGACCACAACGACCACAAGAAAUAAAUUCAGUGGUGUGAACCACAUCAGAAAAUACAACCUGCUGUUGACGUGGCCAGCUGAGCAGCACAGGCAGCAACACACACAUCCAGAGGAACGGAGCUCAACAAACAUGAAGGAGUCUUUGAGGCAGUGCUGUGAGCGGACCAUCUUUUCUCUGCUGAAUGAAGCAAUGGAGGCUGAUCUGGAGUCCAGCAUGAAGAAGGAAAGAUUGAAAAAAAUGGACAAGGAAGGGAAGAGCAGACAGAUACGAGCUGCCAUCAGACAAAAACAGGAGAAUGUUAAGAAUGAGAGCAAGAGAGACAGCACAACACACACCUCCACUUUUUUGACCGACCAGACCAACAGGACCACGCUCAGAAGAACUGGGGGUGUCCAGAAUAACAGCAACUCGCUUGGGCCAUCAGUAGAUUCUCCUCCAGGGAACAGGACUCUCUCAGAUCCCCCUGGUCCAAGGGAAGCUCCUUCUCAAUCUAAAAUCCAAAAUCUGAAUCAGAGCCUUUCAACGAAGCCCACAGCUUCUUUGGGUUACAGACAGACAGUGAUACAGACGGCAACUCUGCAGCUCAGCCCUAAGUAUACUGACCACAAAAACACAAAUCCCUCAGCUGGCAUGGAUGUUCUUGCAGAUGAUGUGAACACUAAACAUAACCACACUACAACACCUGAGGCCCUGGCUCUCAGUUCCAAAGAUGAAGGUGCAGACUCUCCUAAACACAGCAUGAAGGAGAAUGAGUCUAAAGAGAAAAACUAUGAUAAAGCUAUCACAGCAGAUGGUAAGAUGAAGGAUAAUCAAGUAGUAGAUGUAAAAGAAAGAGAGGUGGAACAUAAGCAAACACACAGUGCCACACACUCUCACCACAAAAGUGAAAACAAUGGCUUUGAUUCUGUUUCCAAAUCGCAAUCAAAAUCUCUGCCCCAGCCGCAGCAACACCCACAGCCAGCCGUUUACCUGCCUGACAGCCAUGACUGUGACAGCUGCAAGGCAGGCGAACACUGUGACUGCACCAAGGCCUCAGGAGCCGAGGCUCAAGCUGCCGUUGUGAAUAAGGGGUUGCCGAGGACCCCCAGGACAGACGAGGCAGUGUGGGCGGCAGCAGCACUGGGCUUCCUGCUGGUUCUCCUGACGCUGUCUGUGCUUCACACUCGCCUGUACCGCCACUGGAGGACCACGCCUAGUCUUUACUGGCACGACCCACGGCGGGACUACGACAGUGUUGCAGAUGUGAUUCACAGGAGGCUGCGAAUUGCAAAGAGGAGGCGGAAAAGGGGCAGAAGACAGGAGUGUGUUCUCCUGCCCAGCUCCUCCAGCUCAGAUGAAGAAUGAGCCCAAGUCUCAUUGUGUGUACAGGAGGUGAAGAGUGGACUGGGUUUCCCCAGAACAGAAGAGGGAUAUGUUGAAUAUAUGAAACCUGUCCUGUACCUAUAGUAUGCUGCUUAUCUGACAGAGCUUGACUGCUCCACCUUUAUGAAAAGGUCAGAGGUGUUGCUGGAUACCUUAAUAACUGAAGCUGAAAUACUGCAGCAGCCAAACAUGAGUUAGAUCCUGAGUCCAAACUAAUUGGACACAAAGUAAUGGACGCAUCUCAUUGGUUGCAGCUGGAUUGUUACGAUUGGGACCAUCAUUAUUUCUAUUUCUCCUUGUGAAGGAAAGAACGAAGAUUUAACAUUUAAAUUUAACUUAAACUCAGUUUUCCAAAACUACUGUCCCCAAAUAACUACCAUCAAAAAACAUUUAUAAAAAAAUCAAACCCUGUGAACAUUACAUCAAAGACUCCAAAAGAAGCCCUCAGGUUUUAAUUAGUUCACUGCUAAUCUUAUAUAUUUGAACGACUUUUCACAAUAGAAUUGUCUGAUCAUAGCCUCCUACACAGGUCUCAGUAUAUAGUAUAGGGCCCCAUUUGUCACACUCCGUGUAUCACAAUCAAUAUCAAGUCUCCUGCUCUGGCCUUGUCAAUUUUUCUACUCAAGAAUGGUUUUUAUUGUCACAUUUUGUCUUUAUUUUGUUUUUAUAAGUAGUAGUGUGGUACCAUCAUGUUGCUUUUACCUGUAAAGAUUUGAUAUGUGAACAUGUAAGUUGCUGUUGUAAGCAACACUGUGCAGUAUGUGUUGUCACUGAAUGGUACGCACACGUGAAUAGCUGUUUUUAAAAGAUGUUUUUAGACAGACUUCAGAGAGGGAUUUAUGUAGACAAUAAAUCCCUUGACGCAAUAAUUGAGUGUGUGAACUGCUGUUUGAUGUUUUCUUGUAUCUUAUAAAACCAUAAGCCAGUGUCAGCGCUAUAGACUUUAUUACAAAUGAAAUUAUAGCUAGAUCAAUACUUGACUUUUGAGGCUGAUACAAAUCUUGAUAUUUGAGUCUUAAAACAUCUGAAAAUACAUUAUCGACCUUU